AUGUGGUUCUCAAGUGUAGUAGUCAUCAGCCUCCUGGGCUUAGCAGCGGCCUCUCACGAGUGGGAGGAGAAGCCCAAGGAACAUCAUCACGAGCACUUCGAGCACGUCAAGAGCAUCGUAGUCACCAAGAAGGUACCCAAGCCGUACCCGGUCGAGGUGGAGAAGCACGUGCCUUACGAAGUCAAAGUACCCGUCGACAAGCCCUACCCCGUCUACGUGCCCAAGCCGUACCCAGUGUACGUCGAGAAGAAAGUGCCUUAUGAAGUGAAAGUUCCAGUUCCUAAGCCAUACAUCGUAGAGAAGAAAGUCCCCUAUGAAGUCAAAGUCCCAAUCGAUAAGCCAUACCCAGUAGAAGUGCCAAAACCUUACAAUGUCUAUGUAGAGAAGAAAGUACCUUACUAUGUUGAGAAGCGUGUGCCAUACACAGUCAAGAUUCCCGUUGAGAAGAAGUACCCAGUCCAUUAUCCAGUCGAGAAGAAGAUACCUUAUCCAGUCUACAAGGAAGUGAAGGUACCAGUAAAGGUACCAGUUGAUAAGCCAGUACCUUACACUGUUGAAAAGCCGGUACCUUACACCGUUGAGAAGAAAGUACCUUACCCAGUGUACAAAGAAGUGCCCUACCCAGUCAAAGUACCCUACAAAGUGGAAGUUAAAGUUCCUUACAAGGUAGAGAUCCCAAAGCAUGAAGAACACCAUGGAGGCUUCCAGAAUGAAGGAUUCUCAGGUCAUCUUUCCGCUGGCUUCCAGGAGGACUGGAAACCCAUCCAAGGACACUCGGGAGCAUCCGGUCUGGGCGAUUACGGAAGUAGCCAAUGGUCAUCCGGAUAUGGAAGCGGUGGUUAUUCUUCAGGAAAUGAUCACUUCAGUGGCUCUUCCUUGGUGGGCUAUAGCUCGGAAGGCAAACACUUCUAA